AUGAAGGUAUAUAUACGCAGAUUGAGAUCCUGCUUUCAUCAGUCAGCAGCCAGUUCACACAGUGAACUUGAUCAUCAGACCUGCCGGGGUAGCUCAAUCGGUAGAGCGUGUGGCUCUUAUCUUCCCAGAUAUUCCCAACCUCAAGGUCGCGGGUUCGAGCCCCGCCUUCGGCUAUUCCUACAAACAGUUGACUAUUCUUUUGUCUUUUUUACUAUGUCGACGUGGUGGGAGAGGGGGGUGUGA